AUCGAGGAGCGUCAUGCCUGGACAUGUGAUCGGCAGAGACUUGGAGACAUCUGUGUGGGUGAGGGACGGGAGGACACUUAUAAUCAUGGACAAUCUGGAGGGACAACGGAGCUCGUUCUCCAAGAGAUGAUCGAGAGUUUGGGCGGCAGCUUCUGGCCUGAUGUGAUUAACAACGAGUCUCUCUUUCCGCUGGCGUCCUCUAGCGGCCAAAUCGUGAACUACAUUUCCUCUAAAACUCUAAAAACUGCUGUUAAGUUUAAGUUAAGUUAAGUUUUUAUGCUUCAAAUGUCUAAAUAUUAUAUUAUAAACAUUUUCUGUUGAUGUAGUCGUAAAAAAGAAAUGUCAGUUUACCUCGGCAGCUCAAGAAAAGCACUGUCUCUUUAAAAAAACACCGAGAGGGGCUCUUUAUUUGGCAGGAAGUUAGCCGCUGCUAACAGGAAGCCGAAUAACGAGGACACAUUGAGGAGCAGGAAUUGGCAAAGAGAAACGAGACUUAUCGGCUGCUCGUUACCCUCGUUAUAACUCCCCCUGAUAGAGGAGGAACCAACUUUCACCUACCUGUGUAUGAAGACAAGUCAGAGCCAACUAUGUCGUCAGCGGUGGAUCUCAAGACCAAGGAGGAGAAAGAUGCAGAGUUGGACAAACGAAUAGAAGCUCUGAGGAAGAAGAAUGAAGCUCUGGUCAAGAGGUACAAGGAAAUCGAGGAAGACAAGAAGAAGGCCGAGCAGGAGGGCAUCGCCAUCACAACUCCCCGCAAGCCCCGCCCACACGAGCCGGAGACGGACAGGCCGAAGACGGAGAAGGAAAACUUCACCGUCACCGUCGACCUUUCCAAACCAGCAGGGGAAAAGAGAGUCGUGAACGACUGGAAACCUGCAACGCCUCGCGGCCGGAAGAGUUCAGAGGAGAGCGAUGGACACAGAGGACCGAUGGACGGACACAGAGGACCGAUGGACGGACACAGGGGACCGAUGGACGGACAUAGGGGACCGAUGGACAGGGGACCGAGUGACGGCCACAGCCCCCCGAGGAGGAUGGGGUCCGGGCGAAUGGGUCGAGGAGGUCAGAGAGGAGGUGGAGGAGAAAGAGGUGGAGGCGGCGGCGGUGGCGGUGGUGGUGGUCGCCAAGAUCGGAGAGAGCGAGAACCCAGGACACCGAGAGACGGAGAACCUGGAGAAAUGGGAGGUCCGGGACGCAGAGGAGGAAGGAGAGGAGGAAGAGGUGGAGGUGGUGGAGGAGGAGGAGGAGGAGGAGGAGGAGGGGGAGUAGGAGUAGGAAUAGGUGGUGGAGGAGGAGGUGGUGGUGGUGGAGGAUUAGGAGGAGACGGGACGCCAGGUGGCAUGGACAGGAAAUCAAAGGAAUGGGAGGAGAAGAGGCGACAGAACAUCGAGAAGAUGAACGAAGAAAUGGAGAGAAUAGCAGAGUAUGAGAGAGGACAGCGGUCGGAUGGAGACAAACCGAUCCGUAACUUCCUGGACGACCCGAGACGUUCGGGUCCUGCGCCUGACAUAGACCGAAAGGAGGGCAGCAGGAGACACGUUAGGAACUGGGGGGGCCUGGACUUUGAAAACGUGAAGACUGGAGCUGAGCUGGAGCGAGAGUGGACCAGUCGAAGGCCUGGUCCCAAAGGCUCCAUGGACAUGACCAUGACCGGCCGGGAGAGAGCAGAGUACCUGCGCUGGAAGAAGGAGCGCGAGCAGAUCGACGAGGAGAGAUUAGCGCGGCAUCGCAACGCCACGGGCCAGUGGAGACGAGAGUGGGACGCACAGAAGACCGACAACAUGUUCAAGGAGGACCCAUAUGCGUCUGCUGAAGGCGUCCCAUCUGAGCCAGGCAGCAGGAGAGACGACAGUAAACGUCCUCCUAAAGCACCAACAUUCGGAGACUUCCUGUCCCAGGGCCGGACCCCGGGUGGCCCCCGAGGGGACAGAGGCAGAGGGAAGGGACGAGGACAGAAACAGAGCUACAGCAUGCAUGACAACCGCUGGGAAGGAGAGAGAGACGAGGAGAAAGAGAAGGAGGACAAGACGAAGAGAGGAGAGGAGAGGAGUAAAAGGAAGGAGGAGGAGAAACAGCCCAGACCUCCCGCUGCACCAAAGGUGGAGCAGGAUAAGAACGAAGAGGAUGACGACGAGGAAUGGGAGGACGCCAGCGACGGAGAGGGAGACGAGGACGGCAGCGACUCCGAGAACAACUCCAGGGGCGACGAGAAGAAAGACACCGGCAAAGAGAAACCGACCAAGAGCAGAAACAACCCGUCUACGCCCGGAAAGCCCCGCUCUCGCACCACCUCCGCAGGGAGCCCCAAAGAGCAGCGGACCCCCCGGCCCAAGGUCCACAUCCCCCCUCCACCCGCAGCCCAGGAGUCACCGGAGGGAGGGAAGCCGCUCAGCCCCUUCUCGCCCCUGGACCAUCAGCCUGUCACGGACUGGGGGGAGGAGAUGGAGAUGCUGUCGCCCCGGAGCAGCAUGGGAGGGGAGAGUCCUCUGAAACCGCUCAGCGCUGAAUCCAGCCCCCCACAGAAGAAGGAGCAGGAGCAGGAGCAGGUGGAGGCGGAGGUGGAGGUGGAGGUGGAGGAGACGAAGAGUCAAGCUGUAAAUGACCCGGCUGAGCCACAGAAGGAGGAGGAUACAGAUAUUUCCUCUCCUCCACAAACUGAAGCUGAAUCUCAGGUUGCAUCAGAGUCUGUGGCCCCUGCUGCACCAGCACCUGACCCCGCCCCCUCCGAGGUGUCUGACCCCACCCCCUCCGAGGUGUCUGACUCCGCCCCCUCCGAGGUGUCUGACCCCGCCCCCGCCGAGGUGUCUGACCCCGCCCCCGCCAAGGUGUCUGACCCCGCCCCGUCUGAAGUGUCUGACCCCGCCCCAUCCGAGGUGUCUGACCCCGCCCCAGUCGAGUCGUCUGACCCCGCCCCCGCCAAGGUGUCUGACCCCGCCCCAUCCGAGGUGUCUGACCCCGCCCCCUCAGAAGUGUCUGAAUCCAGCGCCUCUGAUUUUCCUGCUCCCGCUGAGGUCAGUGAGGCUGCAGAGACAUUGGACCAGGAUGCACCUGCUGCUCCAUCUCAAGAAGACAAACCCGACACCCCUCCUCCUCCUGCGUCUCCUGCCGUCCUGGAGGCCGAGCAGAGCUCCUCUGAUCCAGCAGCGGUGAGGGACGAGGACACGGCGUCCCCCGGGACCGACGCUGCUGCUCCGACAGCAGAGACAGAACUGUCCUCAGACCAGACGUCCUCGGAGCAGGCGUCCUCAGGCUGAAGCUGCCGGGAGGACGGACACAUGGAGGAGGAGGAGGACGGAGAGCAUCACACUACUCAUCAGUGGAGUGGCCAUCACAUAUCUAAAUAUCAGAAUAAAAAUAAAUAAAUGAGGAGGAGGAGGAGGAGGAGGAGGGACUGUGCAUGGACCAGCCUCUUUUUUUUAGCACCGUCUCUCGGAGCCGUUUCUACGUCUUUGUCUGGACACGUGCACCGCGAGGAGCUGAACCUUUUUCCAGACUUCAGCCGCGGAGGAGCUGCAUGCGACGUCCUGGACGUUAAACGCUCUGAUCUGUGUGAAUAAAGCAGGGAACUGACCCCGGCGACACCCUUUCACCCUAAACCGAACCCCCAGAGAGGACACACAAACGGGACGACCGUCUCGUUUAUCUCGUCUGCUUAAAUGUGUGAAAAAGAGAAUCAGGUCCAGAGCCCAGAAAGUAAAAAAAAAAAAAGGGUUUCUAAAAGUUUUACCCUGAACGGAUCCGUUUUUUUAUUAAGGAAACGUCUCAUUGAACCGCCCUCUAUCAGCUGAUUUCCGCUCGGAAUCAGAUUGUGUAGCAGGAUUUUUGUGCGAUCGAUUGUGCAGCUCCAGGAGUCUGUAAUCAAACCCUGUCCCACAUCCUUUUAGAUAUCUGAUGCUCUUAAUCCUGUCUACGUUUGUAAAGACGCUCCACUGUUUAAUCACAAAUAGGAAUCAUGUGUCUCUUUUCUCAACGUUUCAUUAUUUCCAUUUUUAUUUUUGUAUAUGCGACGGCACAAUUAUGAUUUAACAAAAAAAAGAAAAGAAGCUGGCGCAGAGUUUGGUGUCAUUUCCUGAAUCAUCUCCUAAAGAAGAUAAAUAAAAACAGAAUGUAGUGAACAUUAAAUGAGAUUAAAUUUAAUAUUGUGCAAAGACAACGAAUCAUGUGUAGAAAAUGAGAAAUGUUCUCAUUUUGAAGUUGAUGCCAGUAACAAGUGAACAAGUUCCUUGUGUUGCUUUUUUAACUUGGAAGAUGCAGAAUUAUUUCAGAUGUAUUUGUUGGUUUUUCCUUUUCACCUUCAUGUUAAAUGAGUUUCUCUAGAGAAGAUGAUUGUUGCUUUUUACACAGCUCUUCCUGUUGAUGAUGAAUAAAUCCACAAAUUCUUUGUCUCUUUCUCUCUAAGUUUUUAAUUAGUUUCUGGCAUCAAAUUCAAAAAAACGAGUGUAAAGUUUCUCAGUUUUAACCUUUUUGAUGUGAUUUCCAUUAUUUCCUUAUUCAGCCUCGUGGGUUGUGUAACGUAACGUCCUUUCCGUCUGCCUGCACAGACACACACUGCCUCCUAAACGGAUCGUUUGUUUUCUGCAACAGAGGGUUUCAUUCCAAACAGCUUAAUGAAAUAAAUAGAAAAGAGAAGUUGCUUUUACAUAUUUUAAUUUUUUUUAGUUUAGGAAUGAACCCCUCCUCUUGUACCUCUGCAGACUAAGUGAGUCUGUUCUUUGUUUCUGUUGAAGCAUCGGCACCUGUGGCGUUUGGAGACAAAUGGGAUGCUUUAAUGUUUUCCUUUUUCAUUGUGUGUUUGUUUGUUGUGUAUCCGAGGAAUAAAGAGUGACCGCAACAUGUACAGUUUAUUUUUUAAAAGAACAUUCCUGGGUGUGUGUGGAUAACGGAGGAGGAGGAGGAGGAGGGAGAAUCCUGGAGAGUCGACCUGGGUGAAUAAUAAAUGAUCAUUAUUGGCAUUAAAGGACACGAGCUGCUGAACAGGUGAAUCCGCUCAGAUUAGCUCAGGAGAAUAUGUUGGGAACUAUUUUAUUCGGGGACGUCGCCUCCUUCUCUCUAAUGUGGCGUCUGAGAUGAGGCCACAGAUUUAUGUAAAACAUCCUCUGACUCUUAAGGAGUUUCCUCGCCUCCUAAAAUCACUUUCAUUAUUAUUAUUUUGAUAUUUUUAAGCUUUGUUAUUUUUCCAGGGCUGCACAUGUUUCCGUGUACAUCCACCUCUUCCUCUCUGAUAACAUGAACUUGCCUUCUUGCAGUGGUGUCCAGAUGUUUUUUUGUUUUUUUAUUUCAUGAAAUCAUCAGAGCAUGAACCCAAAAUUGUAGCAUUUUUCAAGUUGUCGAAGCCACUGAGGAGACGAAUCGGAGAAGGAGUUUAGACGUUUGUACAGCUUCAUGAAAUGAAAUGAAAUGAAAUGAAAUGUAAAGCACGCCGUUUGAUUUAUGUUUUUGUUUUUCCUCCUUUUACCCAAUAAAUGUCUGGUCUCGA